AGUUCGCAACUGUCUGACUGACAUCACAGGAAGCUCCGAGACAAAUCUGAUCUGAUGAGGGCUGUGGCUUUGCCAUUUACUAGAUAUAAAAAUUUCUGUAGACAAUUUGUUGCCUGAAUUGUGUCUAUACUGGGAUCCUCGUUAUCUUUUUAAGCUCGCUGAGGAUGGCUGAGCCAAGUGGGAGAUAUCAGCAGCUGCCCAAUGAAGAGGAGCCGGAGGAGGGAGCUCAGGUGGCCAGUGAUCCUCCACCCCCUUACAGUAGUAUUGCAGCUGACAGUGCAGCAUAUUUUGAUUAUAAGGACGAUGCAGCAUUCCCCAAGCCACCAUCUUAUAAUGUAGCCACAUCUCUACCAUCGUACGAUGAGGCUGAGAGAACCAAAGUAGAGGCUACUAUCCCACUGGUGUCAGGCCGACACAGGGAACGUCUGGACACAUUCGAUGAUGUAACUCGCUGUGCGCUGGAGGAUGAUGAUUUUGUGGCCAGAGAUGACUUUGAGGAUGCUGACCAGCUGCAGAUAGGCAACGACGGCAUUUUCAUGCUGACAUGUUUCAUGGCAUUCCUCUUCAACUGGAUUGGCUUCUUUCUAUCAUUCUGCCUUACAACCUCAGCAGCUGGGCGUUAUGGCGCCAUCUCUGGGUUUGGUCUGUCCCUCAUCAAAUGGAUUCUCAUCGUACGGUUUUCUACUUAUUUCCCUGGUUACUUUGACGGACAGUACUGGUUAUGGUGGGUGUUUCUGGUGCUCGGCAUCCUGCUCUUCCUCAGAGGCUUUAUUAACUACGCCAAAAUCCGAAAAAUGGCAGACUCCGUUUCUACUCUUCCACGGACCAGAGUUCUCUUCAUCUAUUAAAGUCACUUGCUGGAAAUGAAAACACAUUCACAGGCCUGCAUUGAGCCGUUGACCUAGCGGGGAAAAUAUAUUUAAGAAAAAAAAAAAUCCUUCCAUCUGUUAUCUACUCAUCUGAGAGGAAGACCGUGGAAUUCCAGAGCGAUGGAGGAAGAACGUUUUUUUUUUCCGCCCUCUGCUUUUGAAAAAGCAGUUUGGGUGUCAGAUAGCAAGAUACUCUUUUUACGUUUCUAGAUGUAAAGUAGUGGAUGCUAACAGCUCUGUACCUGUUCUGAAAUCAUUAGUGGUUUGAUGUUGAGUGCUAUUUGCUCUUUUCAAGUCUGUAAUGUAUUAAAAAAGCCUUAUGUAUGAGAUCUUGUUUGUAGUAAAGGCAUGCACUAUGCUCCCUGUUAACCAGUAGGGGGAAGUCUUGCUUUUUUUUUUAUUUCAGUGUUUUUUUCUCCCCCUCCCUCAUUCAGUGACGUUUGACAAGAAGGCAACCAGUCACUGCUGUUCACCAUUCAUGAAGAGCUUUUCUCUUUGUGAAUGGCAGUGUGAAAUGAAUUGAAUCUAAAACAGUCAAUGCUUUUCUUCUAUUCUCUUCUACUGUUUCUCUUUCUCCCUACAUGACAUGAAAUUAAAGUUACUGUUUUUAACUGGUCAUUUUUGAUGUGGUUCAGACAUGCUUCAAACAGCAAAAUUAAGAUCAUGGAAUAUUUGUAAAAAGAUCGUGUGGUGCGUGAAUGGCAUCUAGCAUCAGAAAAAGCAAAAUGGUUGUUUUUUUGCACAACGUUUGGGUCCAUGUUUGAGUACUUGCAACUUUUUCAGUGAAGGAGACUUUAGUAUUUGCAUUUAAACCUUUCUCCUUUUAUACUACGCGGCUGAUGGCACUGCACAUUUUUCCGACCUUUGAAUAUACAUUUAGUCGGAUGCCUCUCCCCCACCUUGUGCAGUGGCCAUGAUAGGGGCCCGUUUGAUCUCUCGCUGUCUAAUCAUGCAUGAUUUUGUUGUGGCUUGUCUGCUCUUGUCACCUUGGGUCUCGUCCAUGACACAGGAAGUUACUCUUUUGUGUUCUGUUUUCCAUGCAGCUUUUGCGGUCACCCUUUGAAUUCCAAUGGCUGUGCACAUGUAUUUGCUUGUAAAUAAGAUACUGCUAUUAAAUGUCUCUGGUGUUCAACAUUUA